UUGUUUUUUAUUAAAAUUGACGUUUAAAAUAUAGUAAAUAUUAUUAAAGUGUUCCAAUGGGAAUUUUAUAAUAUAUCACAUUUGUUCAAGUUAUUUGAAACCACAAUAAGUAAUAUAAUGGGCGUGAUUUAACAUCAAACCAUAUAUUGAUAACACAAACACAACUUCCGUUUAUAUGUAAAUAUUUUCACAUUUUCAGAAAUGUGUAGAUCUAGAGCUUAUUCCAAUGUAAUGGACUUACUCCAACCAAAAAAUGAAGACACAAAUCUUGUCUCAGCAACAUUCCAUAUGUUUACCAUUACUCUUAUUUGUAUGUCGAUGGUAGAUCUGCAAUGGUUUACUAUAUCAGGAAAUGUGUGUGUGCCAUAUUUGACUCUAGGACAAUUUUUCUGGUUCAAAUACCAGAAUUAUCCUAUGGAAGAAUUAAUAUGUGUUACCUCUGUUAUUGUUAAUGUAAUGCGGGUCACAAUAGUAUUAUGCUUUGUGGCAAUAAUAUUUGCCCUGUUUGGUUUUAUUACUGACAUAGUAGGAUCUAAGAAACUAGUCCAUAGAUUAUUACGAAGAUAUGCUGUACCUGGUACCUGCACAGUAUUAUGGAUAAUGGCAAUUAUUAGUUUGUCAUAUUAUGUUAUAUUCUUAUUAGAGGACUCUUUAAGUAAACAUUUUGCCAAGUCAUACUUUAGUGUCACCUAUGGAGUUGGAUUUUAUUUGUUGGCAAGUGCAGGUGUGGUGUCAUCAAUUGGAAUAAUAUACAAUUGGGUGUUAGCCAAUCAUCCUUCAUCAUACCAGAGAGAGGACGACGUUUGUAUCUUGGACGGUUCUGAUAACGAUUUGGACACGUUCAAUAGCCCAACACCACCACCACCAUACAAUAUGCCUCCCCCACCUUACUCUCCUUGAUACUCUGUCCAGAUUCAGAUUUUCAAAUGAAACAAUUCACUGAAGUAAAUUUCGGGUGCGAAUUUUUAUGGUGCGGCAACACUUAUUAAUAUUGAGCACUUUCAUAAAUCGUUUUUAGUAUAGUUAUUACUAUACAGUCCCUAUUUAAAAUAUUGCAAAUUAGUUUAGCGUGAAAAAUAUUUUUAACCUCUAAGCUUUAAUUAUCAAUAGAAUAUUAACAAUAAAAAUUCGCAACUGGUGUCUGUAUAUACGUAAGAUGGGUUUCCUUUUAUACCAUCAUUUUUUCGAAUGCGUUUUAGGAAACUCAUUAUUUUAGACGUGUAUUUAACUAAUUCCACUCGUGAUAAAAUUUGUUAUUCUAGUCUGCUUUUAUAAGGAUUUAGAAAUAAUCGAACCAAAGAAUAAUGAAAUGUAUUAAUUUUGUAUAUGCAAAAUGUAUUCAAGGUAAAUUAAGAAUUACGAUUCUGCAUUUAGUAAAUUGGUUAUUUUGUGUUCACAUUGAUUUCUUGAUAAUUCUAUACAGUAUUAUAUAAACGUUUAUAAAAUCAAAAGAAUAUGAGAGACCACUGAAAAUAUUUAACAUAUUUUACAAUUAAAUCUUAAUCAAUAUUCAAAUGAACUACAACUUGUGCCUUGAUGACCUUAAAUCACUCACCAAAAUGAUUACAUUUUGCAUAUAAUUAUCAUAUCAAAGUCACAAAUUUUUUGUAUUAGUUUGGAGUUCAAGUUGAAUGACAAGUACAAAUAUGUAUGAUCAUAUAAUGGUUAGUUUCAUAAUAAGUACAUUUAAGUAGUUUAAUUUCAAAUGAAAGUAUGGUGAUUAUAAAUAUAUUUUAUUCGAGAGCCGCACCUGAAUUAAAAAUGUAUACUGUUAAAAUAUUAGUGCAUAUAUGUCCAUGUGUAUUAUCUUCCAAAGAUACAAGUCAAAAAUAUUAGUAACUCGUACUUGAUUUACCAAAGAAGUUAUAUUUAGUUUAUCCGUAUAAUUAUAAAAUAAUUUUGCUGACUAAUUAUUAUAUAGUUGGUGCUACUUGAAAUGUAAUUUAAGUUUAAUGGUUAAUAGAGAAAUGUGUACUUACGUUAAUUCCAGUAUUUUUUUGGUUUGUUUUAUUAAAUACAAAGCCAAAUACUGUACUUGUUAGAGAAUAUAAAUAUUUUAUUAUAUGUACAAACCUGCUUAAUUGUAAUAUAGUCAAUAAAGAUUAUUUUCUGAUUUAUCUGAUCAAUCAA